AUGGCUGAGAGUGACAUUCACAAAACUGCUUUCAAGACACAUGGGAGACACUUCGAAUACUUGGUGAUGUCUUUUGGCCUCACAAAUGCACCAGCCACUUUUCAAGAGCUGAUGAAUGAUGUCUUCAAGGAUUACUUAAGGAAGGUUUUGUUAGUGUUCUUUGAUGAUAUUUUAAUAUAUAGCAGCAGUUUAGAAAAGCACUUAGAACAUUUGCAACUGGUUUUACUUACUAUGAGGUCCAAUUCCUUAUAUGCUAGAAGGAUCAAAUUUUAUUUUUGUGUUGAAAUGGUGGAAUACCUUGGCCAUUUUAUCUCAAGAGAAGGGGUUGCAACUGACCCUGCUAAGGUCAUAGCUGUCCAAAAUUGGCCUCUACAUACCACUCUUAAACAUCCAAGGGGUUUUUUUGGGACUUGCAGGGCUUUGCCAGAUUUUUUCAAGGUUUUUAUUGUUGAAGUGGAUGCUUCUAGUCAUGGUCUUGGUGCUGUUUUAAUGCAAGACCACCACCCUAUUGCAUUUAUCAGCAGAGCUCUGAACUCUCGGCAACGGGCUUUGUCAAUCUAUGAAAAAGAGCUUUUGGCUGUGUCAUGGGCUAGUGAUAGCACACUACAAGAAUUGAUCACUGAAAUUCAGGCUAAUGCUGAUUCACAUAAACAUUAUGUUUGGCAGAAUAAUGAGCUACAAAGAAAAGGGAGUAGAGGUCAUUCAGGUAGAGAUGCUACUUUGAGGAGAAUGCAACCUAUGGUUUAUUGGAAAGGAAUGACAAAAGAUGUUAGGACCAUUGUAAUGCAAGGCAACACUUGUCAGAAGUCUAAAUAUGAUACAGCUGCCAACUCAGGACUACUGCAGCCAUUGCAUAUUCCAGGAAGAAUUUGGCAGCAUAUCAAUAUGGAUUUUAUUGAAGGUCUCCCAGGAUCAAGUAGGAAGCAGGUUAUAUAUGUGGUGGUGGAUAGGCUGAGUAAAGCAGCACACUUCAUGGCACUUAAACAUCCUUACACAGCUACUGAUGUUGCUCAAUGUUUCCUAGACAAUGUGUUUAAGUUGCACGAUUUUCUUGAGUCAAUAACAAGUGAUAGAGACCCUGUGUUUGUGAGCCAAUUCUGGAAAGAUAUGAUAUCUUGUCAGGGUGUACAAAUAAACCUUUCUACUGCCUACCAUCCUCAAACUGAUGGACAGGCAGAAGUAUUGAAUAGGUGCUUGGAAACUUACCUUGGAUGUAUGUGUGUGGAUGUUCCUCAUGAGUGGUCAAAAUGGUUACCAUUGGCUAAGUGGUGGUAUAAUACUACCUACCAUUCUACAAUCAGAACCAGCCCUUAUGAAGUUGUGUAUGGUCAGCAGCCACCAGUGCACUUACCUUACCUUCCUGGGGAGUCUAGGGUUGAACAAUUUGAGGUUGGUGACUGGGUCUAUGUGAAACUUUAUGCUUAUAGACAAAUUUUUGUUGCACAACGGGUCAAUGCUAAGUUGUCCCCAAAGUAUUAUGGUCCCUAUACAAUUCUAGAUAAAAUAGGUCUAGUUGCAUGUAGAAUUCAAUUACCAGCGGGAUCCAAGGUCCACAAUGUCUUCCAUGUAUCCCAAUUGAAGAAGCAUGUUGGAAAGACACCUGUUUCCAGCAAUUGUCCUGAAGUUUUUGAUUCAAUUGGGGGAGGACGAGAACCUAAAUCCAUCCUUGACAGAAUGAUCGUGAAGAGGGGAAAUAUGCCUAUCACCAAGGUUUUGGUCAAGUGGAAGCAUCAGCUGCUAGAGGAUGCCACAUGGGAGUUUUAUUAUGACUUGAAGCGGAAGUUUCCUCAUUUCAAUCCUUGA